AUGGAGCUCCCGGGCGUCUUUCUUUUAUUGUUGGGACUAUUUCUUGGCGUACAUGCCAAAAAGAAUUUAACUCUUGAUAUAUCAAACAUCGACGAAACUCAUGUCGUAUCUACUGAAAUCACAUUCUCAGACUCAUCCUUGUAUACUUAUAAAGUCAUUCCCGACGUUUUCGUAACAGAUAUCGUCUAUGGCGAAACUGCCGUGUGGAAAUACGCCGACGAUGGCUACGAAUUUUUGAAUGCGUUCCUCGUCAGUUCAAACAACUCCCCAUCAAUCAUUCACGUCAUCUUGGAGAACGCCGAAAAGGUGCAAAAGUUGAUUUCUUCUAUGCUCGUAAAUGGAAAGUGGGUUCCACUCGAUGCCAAUGCAAAGGCACUGCUCACAUCAGCACUCGGAACCCUGUCUUCACAAACCAAAAAUGCAGAGUCCAAGACAUCUGGCAUAGUCGCCACUGUAAAAACACUCAAGCCCCAAAAUGUACAGGAUUUUGACCUCUUCUUCACAUUUGAUGUCUCCAAGACCGAUAAAUCACACUUGUUCAAUGUAGGAAACUACAGGGCAUCUGGCCUCGGAUUGACCAUCUACAACCCAAAGCCAACUUCACACAUUGUUGGAAUAGUCGAUGGCAGUGAUAUCAUGUGGCAAAAGUCAGCCAAAGAUGAAGAGUGUGGAGACAUCUGUCUCUACUCCAAGUCCGGAGAGGUCAUCUUCGCGGACAUACUCUUGACUCAAAACAACGUAACCUACUUUUUGUGUUUUGAAAAGACGGAAAAUGGCUGGAAGGAAAUUCCAGAAAGCGAAUUCCGCGUCAAGAUUAUUGCUCAUAGCACCCCGGGAUUCGUCUUUGACAUCUCCCUCGGUCUUGCAAACUCCAGGGAGGUCAUUAAUAAACACCUCGUUGAGGAAAGAAGAGAUACCGGAAAUCUCUCCUACGUCAUUUACAGACCAAAGGAAAACGUAAUCGUCUCCGGCCUGGUCGAUGGCAAGCUGCCAAUAUGGUCCAGAAAGUCGUCUGACGAGGAAUGUGUGGACAUUGUUCUGCAUGCAUCCGGCGGAGAUUUCAUGGCUGCCAUAAUCAUCGUCAUGAAGACUGCAGAUUAUGACACGUUCUUUUAUAAAAAGAAUGGCAAUUCCUGGAUCAAAGUUAAUGAGAGGGAAUACGAAGCCUUCCUCAGCAUUCUCAAAAACGGCCAGGUGGCCAUACCAGCUGGCAGUGAUAUUGCCGUCUACACUGCUCGACCUGCAGAGGAUGAAUUCAUCGAGUUGGACAUCUCAAACCAAGAAGAUUCGGAUGCUUUUCAGGUAAUUGACUACACAACUUCAUCGGCCAUUGUUACCGCUCUCUUUGUUCCAAACGAGGGCUACACUGUCUCAAAUGUCUCUGAUGAUGGCGAACUCGUCUGGACUCCAAAGUUGCACGAAAAAUGCGCAAAGGUCCUACUUCACAACUCAAUCAACGAGGACCUCCUCAUGCACGUCACCAGCAAUACUGGCAGUGAGUACUUUUUCGUAAAGGCCAAUGGUGAGUUGUGGAAGGAAAUCUCAAAGACUGAAUUCGGCUCCCUCUUCCACAACGCCAAGUUCGUUGACGUUGAGCUCGACAUGACUGUAAAGGUAAACAGGAACAGAUUCGAGGUCUUUGAAGCCGUGAAUGGCGAAAAGGAUGUCGUAACCUACGUUCCAAAGACCGGAUACAGAAUCUCAAAGGUUGUCCAUGGAACCGUGAGCAUUUGGGAAAAAUCUCCAGACCAGGAAUGCACCGGUGUCACACUCAUCUCCAAGAACGGCACCGCCCUCGAUGCUCGUCUCAUCAUCUUGGACACCAAAGUGGGCACCAUUAGGUACAAUAAGCACAUUACCUUGGAGGAUGCCGUUGAGGAGACUGAAGAACCAGUAAGUCCCUCCAAGGCUGUAACUUUGGAGCAUCACGAGCCUCUUGCCAUUGAGUACCCAGUUCAGAAGAGCGAUUCGGAGAUGGUCAAGGCUACCGAGAAGCUUGAACAUGUCAUUGAAAAGACCUAUAGGGAAGUUGAGGGCGCAACUCUGGACCUUAACAUGUGCGUCUCGGAUGCCAAUAUUGAUGUCAUUAAUACAGCCGCCACUGGCAAAUCAUUCACUCUCUUUAACUCCGUAUCAAAGGUUCCAAUCACUACCGUCGUAGAUGGAGAUUUUACCAUAUGGAGGAGCAUCAAUGGAGCCUAUUGUCUCUCCGCCUCCACCUUGAUUGUAGAUGGAAAACCAGCUCUGGUUGAAUUGUUCAUCAAGGAUCUAACAUCCGUCUCACGAGUGCAUUUUGCAAAGCUCUACUAUACCUGGGCAAAUGUCAGUGAGAAGAGCUUCACUGCGAGCGUCGAAAGACUCACAGCAGGACAAGAAGAGAAACACCAAGUCAAGGAAGACUCCUUCCACGUUGCUCCAGUCUUAGCAUCACUUGUCUUUUUGUUUUUUGCAGUCUCCGCCUAA